AUGUUGGCUAAUGAGUUCUUGGACAUUCAUAAAGAGUGGAGAGCAUCCUGGGGUUGGUUUUUUACGAAAGUUUAUCGAAUAGGAAGGUGUAAGUUUUCUUUAUUGUUUCUGUAUAAAAGCACAGUUUCAGUGCACAAACUACACUUAAAUAGGACAAAACGUCCCCAAAUUUUUGUACAUUGGAUUGUAAAUGUCAGUUUUGUUAUGUUUUGUGCAUUUUUAAACAAAUCUAAGCAAACACACAGGUGGUUAAGCUUCAAUAAUUUAAUGAUAACUAUAAAAAUGAACACAUCAGUACUACAUCGCAUAGUUCGUGAAAUGACACACAUCUUCAUUCGAUCCAAGUCGAACUUAAAACGUCGAAAAAUUUCAUUUGUGGGUAAAAAUAUCUUGCUGGUUCUAGUUCUUGUAGGCAUUAAAAUAAAAUACCAAAUGGGAUUUGAUUUAAAGACAGACACGGAGUUCGAGUUUAAGAUUCAAAGUGGUUUCAUGCAAUUCCUUGCCUUACGUUCGAAAGAAUGA